CGGGUAUGUCAGAUGUAUACGAGUUGGAGUUCAGGAUACAACACAGCUAAAAGGAUAAAUUGUUAAAUUUGAGGAUUGUUGGAGAAUAUCUAUUUUUGGAUGAAUGAAUACUGCGUGUUUUACCACCUCUCAGCGUACUUCAUGUCUCACGAUGAAUCCGGAUCUAUUCAAACCUUGUCCAGAACAUGGCCAAGUUAUUAUUCCUACUAAACCGAACAAGACCAAAUCGGAACAAAUCAAACCAGAUCUCGCCCAGGUGGUGACUGAUUCCAAGACAGGAAAAUCUUACAGCAAAGGAAAGCUUCUGGGAAAGGGUGGCUUUGCACGAUGCUAUGAAAUGACAGACCUUUCCAGCAACAAAAUGUAUGCUGUGAAGGUGAUACCACAGAGCAGGGUGUCAAAACCUCAUCAGAGGGAUAAGAUAACAAAUGAAAUCGAACUUCACAAAACCCUACAUCACAAACAUGUGGUGAAGUUCUCCCAUCACUUCGAAGACCAAGACAACAUCUAUAUUUUCCUUGAGCUCUGCAGUAGAAAGUCCCUGGCACACAUUUGGAAAGCAAGACACACAUUGACAGACCCAGAAGUGCGGUACUACCUCCGGCAGAUCAUAUCUGGGCUGAAGUACCUUCACAACAGAGGCAUCCUUCACAGGGAUCUCAAAUUAGGCAAUUUCUUUGUGAAUGAGAACAUGGAGUUGCGUUUGGGAGACUUUGGGCUUGCUGCGAAGUUGGAAAAAGUCGAGCAGAGGAAGAAAACAAUCUGUGGAACGCCAAACUACCUUGCCCCCGAGGUGUUGAACAGGCAGGGCCAUGGAACAGAGUCUGACGUCUGGUCACUAGGUUGUGUAAUGUACACACUGAUGUGCGGGAACCCUCCCUUUGAAACCCUUGACCUGAAGGAGACAUACAAGUGUAUCAAGGAGGUAAAAUACAACCUGCCCUCGACCCUGUCUCCUGCGGCUCAGAAGCUCAUCUCUGGCAUUUUGCAGAAGGACCCCAGUGACCGCCUCACACUAGACCAAAUCCUGAACCACCAAUUCUUCACCAAGGCUUUCACCCCGGAUAAACUGCCUCCCAGCAGCUGUGUGACAGUGCCAGAGCUCAACCCGCCCAGCCCUGCCAAGAGGUUUUUCACAAAGAUGGCCAAGAGUCUCUUUGGCAAGAGAAAAUCCAAAGUGGAGAAGAACCAUUGUGAAGAGCGAGAGAGCAUCUCCAAACUUGUGUCAGGCAUCGUCAAAUGCUCCAUCAGUCGCCAGAUGAGUUACAAAACAGUUUGCACCGAUGAGGCUCCCCCUCCCACGGUAGGCCAGCAAGUCAGCUCUGGUCUGCUGGAUACACCAGCUGAGGAGGAGUCCAGGAAGUCUGCAGCAUCACGCUCCUUUAAAGGCACGGUGGCCAGCAGCACAGAGCCGUGUGAAGAUGGCCUUACCCCUGCGUCUAUAGCUGAGUCGGCCAUGAAGGUCCUCAACAGCUGUUUGUCUGCCAUGCCUGCAGCUACAAGAAACCCGCCAUGUCUUUCCAGGCCCAAAUCCUUUAUCUGGGUUACAAAGUGGGUUGAUUAUUCCAACAAAUAUGGCUUUGGCUACCAGCUCUCCAAUCAAAACAUUGGUGUGCUUUUCAAUGAAGGGACACACUUGAGUCUCUGUGAUCAACGCACGACUGUGCACUACUGCUUGACCAACAACAAACACUUCACCUUCCAGGCCAGUGCUUUACCAGAGCAGCUCUGCAGUCAGAAGCAGAUCGUGGAGCUGAUGGCCAACUACAUGGAACAGAACCUCAUGGAGGGUGGCGAUCUCCACUGUGAAGACCAGCCUCCCUCCCCGCCGCCACUCCUUCUGCAGUGGGUGAAGACCGACCAUGCUCUGGUGAUGCUCUUCAACAACGGUACCCUGCAGGUGAAUUUCUACACCGACCACACCAAGAUCAUCCUGUGCAAGUCCUCCGACUCUUACCUACUGACCUACAUCAGCCGCGAACGCGUCUCCUACACAUACCUCCUGAGCAUGCUGUCAGAAAUGGGCUGUUCUGCCGAGCUGAGGCACCGCAUGCGCUACGUGGUCCAGCUGCUCCAACAUCACGGAGAUUCAUAAUGGACCCACAGCUCAAGUAAGGUGAUGUUGCCCCGAGACGCUGAAUUUUUUUUUUUGCCCACUAAUGGUUAGGAUUGGGGGAGGGGAUGCUGAUCGUGGCUCUGUACCGAGGGAAAACUUCACCCCCCAGGGCCAUGACUCUGGGCGCCAUCCCUGAGUCUCAACCAACCUGCUGCUUUCUGUUCCCACUGGGAGCAAAUGACCAGGAGGCUCUGUUCAUUCAGGGAGUCCUCCCCAAUCUUAGGCUAGUGUCUGGCCUCUUUGGACUAUGGUGCCCUUGUUUGUUUUUGAAUGAACCUAUAUUCUGACUACAGUAUCACACUACUGGCUUGAUUCACUUCAUGCACACAAACCUGACCCUGUUCUCUCAGCUCAUGCUCAGACCUGAUUCUGAAAUGGCAGUGGGAUCACAAGCUGCCAAGUGACCCCCCCAAUGUCAACUGUGAAGUUCGUCUUCGCUUUUUUUAUGCUUUGACAUCGCUUGCCUUUUUUAUGAUAAUUACACUUCACUAAUUGGUACACAACAGCAUACGGAGGGCAAUGGGUGUGACAACUUUCACUUUCUUUGGAUUCGCAGUAAUUUUACCACUAGUUUUUAGCUAUAGAUACCAGAAGGUUAUUUUUUUUAACCUUAACUGGGUAAUAUAGAUUUUUAGUGUUCAGUUGAAAAAGGCUGCGCUACAUUGCAUUGUUUGACAAAGGGGAUAAAGUGCCUUUGAGGGAUGUCUGCCUGUAUUGUGCAAUAACAGCCCUUUUUGGAUGUGGUGGCAUGAGAUGGUCUACGGAGGCAAGUAGUUUUUUUACUUGGAAUUGGUUAACUUCAAAUGUCUGAAUAGCACUAGUGUCACUACCUGGUAUAAGCUUUUGAUAAAAUGGUAUAUAAACCCUGUAAUAUCAGUAUGUAAUAAAAUAAAAAAUAAGUAUUGUGUUUAUCAUACUGUACCAUCCUUUGGUUUACAUUGCCGUCUCUACCCAGAGUUGGAUCCUUAAACUGUGAUUCCUGAGUGCAAGUAUUAUACAACUUCCAGGUAAUGUCUUGUCAAAUCCAAUAUUUUGAAAGCAUCUGCUUCAGAAUCUUUAUUUUUGUGCACAAUAAUGUCCUGUAUUUAUUUUAUUUAUACAUUUAUUUAUUGUGUAAUUGUAUGGUCUUGACACAUGGGAAAUGUUCAAUAUGAUCACCUUUGUGCUAUAUUGGCGUAAAAUAAAGUUUAUGUAAAUAA